GCAAAAAGCCCCUUCGCUUCUGCAGUCCCCAUCCCUGCUGCACCCAGUGCCCGGAGGAGCGGGCUGAAGGAGAGCUGGCAGGGCUCCAGCAGGCUUGGCCUCCGGCUGUGCGCGAUGAAAGCCACACCUUGUUAGCCCCGCCAUCUCCUAAACACCCAGGUCUCCGGAGGCCCCUGGGAGAGACAUAGGCAGCCCUGCCUGAGUUGUGGCUCCGCACCUUCUCCUCACCACCUGGCUCCUCUUCCCCUCCCCAGCUCCCCACUCCUUCUCUCCCUGCCCCAUCCGCCCUGCUGAGCCGGGUGUAGACGGAAGCUCUCUGCUCUCCCCUCCUAGAGACUCACUGGCCAGGUCCCGUUUCCCCCUGUUCUGUGCACCCAGAUCCUGGAACACAGAGGGGAGGGAUCCUUUUGACUCCACAAGUCCUUAAGCAGAAAGACUGAAGACCGCGGAGAGCAGGGGCGUGCCGGUGAGCUGCCCCACAGCCCCAUCAUGGAAGAGGGCUUCCGGGACCGGGCAGCUUUCAUCCGCGGGGCCAAGGACAUCGCCAAGGAGGUGAAGAAGCAUGCGACCAAGAAGGUGGUGAAAGGCCUGGACCGGGUCCAGGACGAAUACUCGCGCAGAUCCUACUCCCGCUUUGAGGAGGAGGACGAUGACGAUGACUACCCUGCCCCCGCUGAUGGCUACUACCGUGGAGAAGGGGCCCAGGACGAGGAGGAAGGUGGGGCAUCCAGUGACGCCACUGAGGGCCACGACGAGGAGGAUGAGAUCUACGAGGGGGAGUAUCAGGGGAUCCCCCGGGCAGAGUCAGGGGGCAAGGGCGAGCGCUUGGCAGAUGGGGCGCCCCUGGCUGGAGUGCGGGGAGGCUUGAGUGACGGCGAGGGCCCCCCCGGAGGCCGGGGAGAAGCGCAGCGGCGGAAGGAGCGGGAAGAACUGGCUCAGCAGUAUGAAGCCAUCCUGCGGGAGUGCGGCCACGGCCGCUUCCAGUGGACGCUCUAUUUCGUGCUUGGACUGGCUCUGAUGGCUGAUGGUGUGGAGAUCUUUGUGGUGGGCUUCGUGCUGCCUAGCGCCGAGAAAGACAUGUGCCUGUCCGACUCCAACAAGGGCAUGCUGGGGCUCAUCGUCUACCUGGGCAUGAUGGUGGGAGCCUUCCUCUGGGGCGGUCUGGCUGAUCGCCUGGGUCGCAGGCAGUGUCUGCUCAUCUCGCUCUCAGUCAACAGCGUCUUCGCCUUCUUCUCGUCUUUUGUCCAGGGUUAUGGCACUUUCCUCUUCUGCCGCCUCCUUUCCGGGGUUGGGAUUGGAGGGUCCAUCCCCAUCGUCUUCUCCUAUUUCUCGGAGUUUCUGGCCCAGGAGAAACGUGGGGAACAUUUGAGUUGGCUCUGCAUGUUCUGGAUGAUUGGUGGCGUGUACGCAGCUGCGAUGGCCUGGGCCAUCAUCCCCCACUACGGGUGGAGUUUCCAGAUGGGCUCCGCUUACCAGUUCCACAGCUGGAGGGUCUUUGUCCUCGUCUGCGCCUUUCCUUCCGUGUUUGCCAUUGGGGCCCUCACCACACAGCCUGAGAGCCCCCGCUUCUUCCUGGAGAACGGGAAGCAUGAUGAGGCCUGGAUGGUGCUGAAGCAAGUUCAUGACACCAACAUGCGAGCCAAGGGGCAUCCUGAGCGAGUAUUCUCAGUAACCCACAUCAAGACGAUUCAUCAGGAGGAUGAAUUGAUUGAGAUCCAGUCGGACACAGGGACCUGGUAUCAGCGCUGGGGGGUCCGGGCCUUGAGCCUGGGGGGACAGGUCUGGGGAAAUUUCCUCUCCUGCUUUGGUCCCGAAUACCGGCGCAUCACUCUGAUGAUGAUGGGUGUGUGGUUCACCAUGUCCUUCAGCUACUAUGGACUGACUGUCUGGUUUCCCGACAUGAUCCGCCAUCUCCAGGCGGUGGACUACGCGGCCCGCACCAAAGUGUUCCCCGGGGAGCGCGUCGAGCACGUGACUUUUAACUUCACCCUGGAGAAUCAGAUCCACCGAGGGGGGCAGUACUUCAAUGACAAGUUCAUUGGGCUGCGUCUGAAGUCAGUGUCCUUUGAGGACUCCCUGUUUGAGGAGUGUUAUUUUGAGGAUGUCACAUCCACCAACACAUUCUUCCGCAAUUGCACGUUCAUCAACACCGUGUUCUACAACACUGACCUGUUUGAGUAUAAGUUUGUGAACAGCCGUCUGGUGAACAGCACGUUCCUGCACAACAAGGAGGGCUGCCCGCUGGAUGUGACGGGGACAGGCGAAGGAGCCUACAUGGUGUACUUUGUCAGCUUCUUGGGGUCCCUGGCUGUGCUUCCCGGGAACAUUGUGUCUGCCCUGCUCAUGGACAAGAUUGGCAGGCUCCGGAUGCUUGCUGGCUCCAGCGUGAUGUCCUGUGUCUCCUGCUUCUUCCUGUCCUUUGGGAACAGCGAGUCAGCCAUGAUUGCUUUGCUCUGCCUUUUUGGGGGGGUCAGCAUUGCGUCCUGGAACGCGCUGGACGUGCUGACCGUCGAACUCUAUCCCUCGGACAAAAGGACCACGGCCUUCGGCUUCCUGAACGCCCUGUGCAAGCUGGCGGCCGUGCUGGGCAUCAGCAUCUUCACGUCCUUUGUGGGAAUCACCAAGGCCGCCCCCAUCCUCUUUGCCUCAGCUGCCCUUGCCCUUGGCAGCUCUCUGGCCCUGAAGCUGCCCGAGACCCGGGGGCAGGUGCUGCAAUGAGGGCGUCUCUGGAGCUUCAGGGGUGGCAGGCACACUGUGAGACCAACUCCUUCUUCCCCUCCCUGCCCUGCCAUCCCGGCCCCCAGAGCCCUCGCUCCCCACUCCCCUGUGUUUGGUGUCUUCGCUGUGUGUGCGCGUGUGCAUGUGUGACCCCCAUGGGGAGGGACCACAGGGAAGGUUCCUUCACCCCAGCUUUGGGGUGAAGCUCCACUCCCCACCCCGUCACCCUGGACUUUGCACAAAAGAAGGCUAAGCCUCACCCUUCUCCCCCCAGUGUUAGCGAGGGCUCCUGCUUCCCUACUCCAGGGGUUCGAGAACAGGCCUCCUGCAUCCCCCCACCAUUCCCUCUGCCUAGGCCCUGGUGAAGCCAUGAGUAUGCAGUUCCGUUGGGGGCUGGGGCUUGGGUGUAGACCAUGGACCAAAAGAACUUGCCGAGCUGGAAGGGCCUUGAGUGGCCUCUCACGCCUCCGGUGGGAUGCUGGAGGAGUAGCAAUAAACCUCAGCCGCUGGCCUCCACUUCCCCUCAACGUGGGCUACAAAGGUGAAGCCUGAGUUCUAUGAAACGAGCUGAUUAUUUAUUUAUAUGUUCAGUUCUGAGGCAGCUCAGCAGGACUGUGUGUGUGUGAAUGUGUGUACUCCUGUGUGUGUGUGCGUGUGUGUGCGUGCGCUAUGGGGCGGGGGUGUCACUAUGCUGUCCUAAAAUAGAAGCCAAGGGUAAUUUCAGCAGACACACACGCAGCCCUGCCUCCCACAGUACCUCCCCUAACACUGUUUCCAUGGCCGGCCUGGGAGCCUGGGAGGCAGGAGUGCUAGACCGGCUGGAGUAAGAGCCCCGCCAUCCAGCGAGACGGGAGGGCAUCGGGCAAGGUCUGUCUCUUUUCUUGUUCUUAAGAAGCACAGGCUGGCUGCCGUGAGAGGCUCCACCUACCACAGCGCAGACAGAAGCCGAGCAGCUGCCCUCCCACGCCCCCAGCCUGUCCCCACAGGGCCAGGAGAGCAGGGAGAGAAAGAAACCAGGCACAUGGUCAAACCAGCAGAUCAAAAAGCACAAGGAGCUAGGGCAGGGGCGGGAAAUGGGGCACCCAACCCCCGUCAACUCCUCUAAAACCGGGAGAGGUUGGGCAGUAAAUGGGGGACCCCCCAAUGCAGGGACCAGAAGCCUCAGUUUCCCCAUAUCACCCUUCCACACAAUAGCCUCUGUAGGUUAGGCUACCCCAGCCCCACCCAACUCUGUGUGGCUGCUUUCCCUGGUGCCCUCUCCCGGCCCCACUGUAGCUGUGAUGUGUUGUAGUUUUUAGCCGUUUGUAAAAUGUUAAAGAAAAACAAAUGUGAAAAGGAAAAAAAAAAAGUGAAAAUAACAAAAAAGAAAAUCCAAAUCACCUUCCUCAUGCUGUGUCUGGUGCCCCCCCCCCCCCCCCCAGUCACUCUGCCCAUUUUGUAACACUGCACCAGGUGGUGUCUGUGCUCCAAGGACUGCCUCCUCCCCCAGCGCCCCCUGUGCGAGUGUGUGCCCUCUUUGCCGACCCUCACCUGCUGGACGUAGCCCUGCCCCUGCACUCCCUGGGAGGGCCCAUCCAUCUCCCUUGCUCUCCUGGGGAACCCUACGCCCAACUCUGUUGAUGUGAAUAAUGAAAUGAGAAAUACUGAUGACAAAUAAAACAAAUCCUGUAAAUCUCAAA